UCGCAUUGAACUUUCACACGCUUGUUCUAUCGGACGGUGAUGGUAAUUCUCUGAUGAAAGGAAAAUUUGCUGCUGCAGCCUGGAUGAAAUGUGACGCAUCAUAAUCCCAGUGACAGCUGCAGAAAGAUGAGUGAGAGAGACAGAAAGGCUGGGAACAUGAUUAGAGUCUCUGCACUGUGACUCAUAUAUGCAUAUAAACAAAAGACGGAAAGCGAAAGACUGCACUGAGAUGCAUCCUGUAAACUUGUCAACUGUAUAUUUUUGUCUCUAGUGGUUCAGCAAUGUGUUUUACUGCCACUGAAGUGUCAUCCUCUCUCUCUCAGGUGAGAUUACAGCAGGUUAAAGGUUACCUGAAGCGCAGACAGACAGGUGUGAAGUCGAGCUGAAGGGCCCAUGGCACAGCACACAGACUUCAUUGCACACGCCAAUCAAACAGACUUCCUGUCGGUCACCUUCUAAAACACGCCAGUUACGACUUUGAAAUCUUUUUUUGACCAGACGAAAUGUUUGAGCCACGAAACUGAGAAAGGGACGGAGGGUGUGUGUGUUUUUAAAAAUUGCUUGUUGUCGUGGCAAUGGGGAGUUCGGCAUCGUCUUUGACCACGGACAGAGAAUCGGAUCACGGGUUUGGUACCGUUCCGUUCCCGCCGGCCGCUCCGAUGGGUUGGCUCAGAACCAGCCACAGCAGUCCGGUGUGGGGAACGACUUUCAUCACGCGGCAACAACAGCAGCAGCCGAUUCCUCACAGAGAACGCAGCCACUCUCAUUCUCCUGGUUCGAUGGCCACAGUCGUGAGGAACUCUGAUUGGUCAUGUGGGCGCUGCACGUUUCUUAACUCCAGCGGUUCCUUGCGCUGCUCCAUUUGCGAGGCUCCUCGGCAGAAGCCGGAUCUAAACCAAAUUCUGCGACUCAGCAGUGCCGAGGAACCUCGCUGGUCCUGCCCACGCUGCAGCCUGACCAAUCACCAUGGACUAGGCUCUUGUUCCGUCUGUGGGGCUGCUCCAGUUACCCCCAAUGGACCGCUUCCACCUAAACAGACCCCGCCCAUUCCCGUGGAGUCCACCUCAAGUCCUGAAGCCAAAGGUCAGGUAGCCAAUGAGGAGUCUUGCAGUGCUGAACCAAACGGGGAGGUGUCUAUGAGUGUGGAGGGGUCAUUGGAAUGGGCUUGUCCUCGUUGUACGCUGGUAAACACUCCAGUGGCGUUGUCGUGCUCGGCGUGCGGAGGCCCAAGGAAACUCUCACUUCCGAAGAUUCCUCCCGAGGCGCUAGUUGUACCAGAAGUUUGUACACCUGUGGCUGGGUUUCCGACUCAGACUGCGAGAGCUUCGGCACCAUUACUCAUUGAUCUAACUGAAGAUUCGCCUCCCCAGGUGCCUUCCAAAACCCCAUCUCCACCCCCUAAUCCCAUCCCUUUUUUACCCCCUUCCUUGUCGUCGCUUCAGAAUAAUCCUGUGCCUCGCAGUCGAAGGGAAGUCCCGCCCCCUGGACGGCCCCCAAACCCCACGCCUUCUCCUACAUCCCCUUCAACGUGCCCGCCUACCAAACACAAGCCCGUCCUAUCAUCGGACAAUUACCCAAUCAAGCGCCUCAGCGUGCUGGAGGAGGAGCCCAACAACCCCGCCCCACCAGUCACAUCUCCACCUUCCUGGAAGUGCCCCGGAUGUUCUGCCCCGACGGCUCCUCCCUCAUCAUCCGCGGGUCGUUGCGAUGCAUGCCGAGGGUCUCGUCCGGGAUCGGGCGGUGAUGUCAUCGACGUGCUGGGUGAAUCAGUGCGCUUUACACCAGCGUCUCCAUCAAGCCCAGACUUCAGCUCGUGGGUGUGCUCCAAAUGUACGUUACGCAAUCCGACGGGAGCGGACCACUGCACGGCCUGCGGAUCGUCCAAACUACACGGUUUCUCUGAGCCAUCCAACUGUUCCUCGUGUUCACGGAAAAUACCGCACUCCCACACGCGUGCCUGUAGCUCCACCUCCUCCUCCGUUUCCUCGCCGUCGGCCGGAGGAUCGGCGGACAAGAGUGCAUGUCAGUGGACAUGUCCGGCUUGCACGCUGUUGAACGAGGGACGGAUGAAGCAUUGUGGAGCCUGUCACACGCCACAGCAGUACCUGAGUCUGCGCAAGAUCAGGAAACCACUCAAACGCAGGGAGAGCAUGCACGUGGAUGCGCGCAGACGCACAGAUGAGGGCGAGGCCAAGGAACUGUUGGAAAAUAUUGUCAGCUUCUGUAGGGAGAACGCUGUGAACUUCGUCGACGACAGUUUUCCUCCUGGACCGCUUUCUGUCGGGUUUCCUGAGAAUGACAGCGUCCAGCAGCGAAUCAAAAAGUGGCUCCGCCCACACGAGAUUAACUGCAGUAACAUUAAGGAUCGCGGUGUGAAAUGGUCAGUGUUCAGGACGCCCCGCCCCUCGGACAUACUGCAAGGCCUACUAGGAAAUUGCUGGUUCUUAAGCGCUCUUGCGGUCUUGGCGGAGCGGCCUGAAUUGGUCGAGCGUGUGAUGAUCACCAGAACUAUAUGUACAGAGGGAGCGUAUCAGGUGCGGCUAUGUAAGGAUGGGACGUGGACCACAGUGCUGGUGGAUGACAUGCUGCCGUGCGACGAAUAUGGAUUUCUGCUGUUUUCGCAGGCCCAGCGGAGGCAGUUGUGGGUGGCGCUGAUAGAAAAGGCUCUUGCGAAGCUGCACGGGUCGUAUUUUGCGUUGCAGGCGGGUCGUGCCAUCGAGGGUUUGGCUACGCUCACCGGCGCCCCCUGCGAAAGCCUGAUGCUGCAGGUGAGCUCGACCAAUCCACGAGAAGAACCAAUCGACACGGAUCUCAUAUGGGCCAAGAUGCUCAGCUCCAAAGAGGCCGGUUUUCUGAUGGGGGCGUCCUGUGGGGGCGGGAACAUGAAGGUGGAUGAUGCGGUUUAUGAAUCUCUAGGGCUCCGCCCACGACACGCCUACUCUAUACUGGACGUCAGAGAUGUUCAGGGCUACAGACUGCUGCGUUUGAGGAACCCGUGGGGCCGGUUCUCCUGGAACGGUUCAUGGUCGGACGAGUGGGCUGAUUGGCCGCAAAACCUGCGUCAUGAACUGAUGGCUCACGGCAGCAGUGAGGGCGUCUUCUGGAUUGAAUAUGGAGAUUUCAUUAAACACUUUGACUCAGUGGAUAUCUGUAAGAUUCAUCCUGAUUGGCAGGAAGUUCGUCUGCAGGGCUGUUUCCCCUGUCGGGCGAGUAAACCGGUCACUGUAACCGCUCUCACAGUCCUGGAGAGAACCGCGCUGGAGUUCGCGCUCUUCCAGGAAGGCAGCAGGCGGUCAGAUACGGCUGAUAGUCACCUGUUGGAUCUGUGUAUUAUGGUGUUCCGGGCGUCGUUUGGUAACGGGAAUAAACUGGUUCUGGGGCGUCUGUUGGCGCACAGUAAACGUGCGGUGAAGAAGUUUGUAGGUUGUGAUGUCAUGCUGGAGCCGGGCGAGUAUGCCGUGGUGUCCUGUGCCUUUAAUCACUGGCAGAUGGACCUCACGGGAGCUUCAACACCAGUGUCUAGUCCCACCAACGCCCGGAGACCCAAUCAGGAUUUCCCAGGGUACAUCUUGGCCAUCUACAGUUCCAGACAGGUGAUGGUGGAGCAGGUGGAGGCCACGUCCACAACGCUUGCUGAUGCCAUCAUCCUACUGACGGAGAACAAGGGAGAGAGACACGAGGGUCGGGAAGGCAUGACAUGUUACUAUCUCACUCAUGGGUGGGCGGGGCUUAUCGUUGUCGUGGAGAACCGUCACCCGAAGUACUACCUUCAUGUGUCAUGUGACUGUACUGACAGCUUCAAUGUGGUGUCGACUCGAGGCAGCCUGAAAACCAUCGACAGCGUGCAGCCCUUGCACAGGCAGGUUCUGGUGGUUUUAUCGCAGUUAGAAGGGAACGCUGGAUUCUCCAUCACACACAGACUGGCCCAUCGGAAAGCCGGGCAGGCGUCUCUAGGCGACUGGACGUCCAGCAAGGGCACACACUCGCCCCAACUCACCCCAGACACUGACGGACUGCACAGACCACGGCCGCUUUGACACACGCUUCCACAUGCACACACAAACACACACACACAGGAACAUGACAACAGUCUCUCUUCACGAAACAAACAUUAUAGACCAAAACAGAGCCAUGUUGAUGAAUACACACGCAGAUGAACUACUGAGCCAAUCACACGACUUCUCGCUGAGCCAAGACCCACCCACUGCAAACAUGCACGCUCUCUCUCACACACUCACACACACACACACACACACACACACACACACACACACACACACACACGUCAACAUGAGUAUCUGGAGCCGAUCCUGGGUGUCUUGCGUUACUUUCUAGUUUCAUUUCUGUAUGUUCCGUCUAUUCAGCGAUUUAAAUAAGGGUCUCAUAAAUGCAUUUCACCCCAAAAUUAAAGAAAUGUUGCUUUGCUUGAAGAAAAUUAAGCUUUAUUUUUUUUUUUUUUUUGCACCGUUCAGAUUUCUGCACGGUUGCAUUAAUUGCAACAUUUCCCCCCAAAAUUCUCAUUACCAAAAGCUGUCCGGAUGAUGAACUCGUUGUCGUUCUCAGUCAUCUUAAUGGUGAUUCUCGUUACUAUAAUUGGCAUUACCUUCAAAAUUAAAGUAAAUUUCACUGUAUUUUAUUCAUGUACAAUUUUGCUGUAGUACAAGUGUUUUUAAUAAUAAAGUAGUCAAGGCAGUACAACAGAAACUAUCAUGAUGUAUAAAUAUCUUGCCAUUUAAAUAAUAAAUCAAACAUUUUCUUGCAAUACAGUAAUAAGAGUGGGGGUCUUGCACUCUAGCAAAAUAAUAAAAAAAUUACUUGUUUUAUUUGUCAGUUUAAAAAUAUAGCCUUAUCUUAAUAUCUAUCCUCAAAACAAGAUUAAGCCUAAAUAUGUCAGAUAAUUAUAUACAUUUUUUUAGAGAAUUCUUU